GAGAGAAAAAAAAGUUGAAAACAGACACUGAUCGGGGAUGGGGGUGGGGGGAAGAAAACCCACAAGCCUCUCCUAAAUUGCUGGACCGAUGCCUUAAGAGAAAAGAGGAGAGUUUGCGCCUGGAGAUGGAGCGGCGUUAGGACCCAGCGGGAAGAACUUUGGAAUCUCCUCCGAAGGGGAGGGGGCAGGGAAGGAGUUAGCGGCUCCAGGGCGCAGGCGCGCGCGUUUACUAUCGCCGGUCGUGGAGCUCGGUGGGACGGAAUAGAAUGAAAUGUAACAAAACAAGCUGAGCCUUUGUAGCUGUUUAAAGGGGCCGCGGUCCCUUCCCUCCCGCCUCCCGCCUCCUUCCCCUCCGACGUGCCCCUCCAGCUAGAGCCGGGCUCUGGGCUCCGGGGAAUCUGGUCCAGCUAGGCUAGCGCUUUCUGAAACCCACCUCGGGAGGCAGCGCGACCGAGGAGAGCGUCCGUGAGGAAGACCCCCGCGCAGAGAGAGCAGCCACAGGGAGAGGAGGAAGGCACCAGCCCGGAGUGGGCUGCGGUCCCCGGGCGCCCCGGGCCGGCUUGCGCAGCGUGGAUCUCCGGGGACUGGAAUGCAAACAAAGCUGGCCGCUGGCAGGGGCGGGAGCCCGGAGGCGCCGAGAAAGUUUGCCUAAGGAUGGCUUGAGCUGGGGGAGGGCGAGCCGGCAAAGUUUCUUUCGUAGGCUUCUGUCUUCGGGGGUGCCCUCUGGGGACAUGCCCCUUCCGCGCCCCAGCUGAUCCGCGGGGUCCCGACGGCUGCUGCUGCUGCUGCUGCGAUCUGGGGCCACCUGUUUCUCAUUCCCGUGAAUCUGCGGGUCCGCUCCCGCGUGCGUGUGCACCCGAGUGUGUGUCGGGGGUCCGGGGUGAAGGGGCGCCGCGCGCGUGGCCGGGACCAUGUCGAAAGUCAUCCAGAAGAAGAAUCACUGGACUACAAAAGUGCAUCAGUGCACCCUGAGCCGGGGGCCCCAGGGCGAGCUGGGACUGACCGUCCUGGGGGGAGCCGAGUACGGCGAGUUCCCCUACGUGGGCUCCGUGGAGCCGGACGCGGAGGGGCUUGCCGCCGGCGGAGAGGGCAACGGUCUCAGCGAGGGCGAGCUGCUGCUGGAGGUGCACGGGGUCCGCGUGUCCGGCUUGCCCCGCUACGACGUUUUGGGAGUUAUCCAAAGCUGCAAGGAGUCCGUCACCUUCAAGGCCGUCAGACCAGGAAAUCGACUGAACAAGGAUUUAAGACAAUAUCUCAAUCAGCGUUUUCAAAAAGGAUCACCUGAUCAUGAGCUGCAGCAGGUUAUAAGAGAUAACCUUUACCGCCAUGCUGUGCCUUGCACAACUCGGCCUCCAAGAGAAGGAGAAGUGCCUGGGGUGGAUUAUAAUUUUCUGACGGUCAAGGAGUUCCUGGAUCUUGAGCAGAGCGGAACUCUCUUGGAAGUUGGUACAUAUGAAGGUAACUAUUAUGGGACACCCAAGCCUCCCAGCCAACCCGUCAGCGGGAAAGUGAUUCCCACUGAUGCUUUGCACAACCUUCCAACGGGCUCCAAGCAGUCAACCCCGAAACGCACUAAGUCCUACAAUGAUAUGCAAAAUGCUGGCAUAGUACACACAGAAAAUGACGAUGAGGAUGACGUCCCUGAAAUGAACAGUAGCUUGACAGAUUCUGGAGAACAAGAAGAGCACAAUCCCCAUAGUUCAAGAGAGACAACCUUGCCACCUGUGAAUAAUAGCAUCACCACUGUUCCCAUCACGGAACCAUCUCAGAAGCUCCCUCAAUACCUACCUCUUUGUGCAGAGGAAAACUUAGGUCCUCUACCUGAAAACUGGGAGAUGGCCUAUACCGAAAAUGGAGAAGUCUAUUUUAUAGACCACAACACAAAAACAACAUCUUGGCUAGACCCUCGGUGCCUAACCAAACAACAGAAGCCUCUGGAAGAAUGUGAAGAUGAUGAAGGGGUACACACCGAGGAAUUGGACAGUGAACUAGAAUUGCCUGCUGGUUGGGAAAAGAUUGAAGAUCCUGUAUAUGGUGUCUACUAUGUAGACCACAUUAACAGAAAAACACAAUAUGAAAACCCAGUCUUGGAAGCCAAACGAAAGAAGCAGCUUGAACAACAGCAACAGCAGCAGCAACAGCAGCAGCAGCAGCAGCAGCAGCAGCAGCAACAGCAACAGCAACAGCAGCAGCAGCAGGCGGAAGAAUGGGCAGAAGACCAUUCAUCUCUCGCUGCUCCUGUUGUUCCAAACCAUCCAACAAAUAACCAGGAGCCUGUUAGAGAACUUCCACUUCAGGGUAAACCUUUUUUUACACGAAAUCCAUCUGAGUUGAAAGGCAAGUUCAUUCAUACAAAACUGAGGAAAAGCAGCCGAGGCUUUGGUUUCACUGUUGUUGGUGGAGAUGAGCCUGAUGAAUUCCUCCAGAUCAAGAGUUUGGUCUUGGAUGGGCCCGCUGCAUUGGACGGCAAGAUGGAAACAGGGGACGUUAUUGUCAGUGUGAAUGAUACUUGUGUGCUGGGACAUACACAUGCUCAAGUUGUAAAAAUCUUCCAGUCCAUUCCCAUUGGUGCCAGCGUGGACCUCGAACUCUGCCGGGGUUAUCCAUUGCCUUUUGACCCAGAUGAUCCCAACACAAGCCUGGUGACUUCUGUGGCCAUUUUGGAUAAAGAGCCCAUCAUUGUGAACGGUCAAGAGAACUAUGACUCACCAGCCAGCCACAGUAGCAAGACGGGAAAGGUCAACGGCAUGAAGGAACCCCGACCCAGCAGUCCUGCCGAGGUGUCUUCAAAUGGUUCCCAUGGUUACCCCAACGAUACUGUCUCUUUGGCUUCUUCUAUAGCAACGCAACCAGAACUCAUCACUGUUCAUAUAGUCAAAGGACCAAUGGGUUUUGGCUUUACUAUAGCGGACAGUCCGGGCGGAGGAGGUCAAAGGGUCAAACAAAUUGUGGACAGUCCAAGGUGCCGAGGCUUAAAGGAAGGGGAUCUCAUAGUUGAAGUGAAUAAGAAGAAUGUGCAGAACCUCACUCACAAUCAAGUAGUGGAUAUGUUGAUCGAAUGUCCAAAAGGGAGCGAGGUGACAUUGCUGGUGCAACGAGGAGGUACGUUCAGCGGAAUCACAUUUUCACAAGGUGGGAGCCAAAAUGUUGUUUAUAUAUUUAUAUAUGUGUAUGCAGAAAUGCUGAACAAAGAGAAAAUGAUGGGCAGACACCCACUCGGAAGACCAAUAAUAACCCUCUGUUCUUUCCCUUUCCGACAGCAACCACUGGAGAGGAAAGAUAGCCAAAACAGCUCUCAGCAUAGCGUCUCCAGCCACCGGAGCGGACACACGGCUUCCCCUAGCCACAGCACACAGGCGCUGCCCGACUUCCCUCCCGCUGAGGCCCCAGCAGCAGACCAAAUAGACAGCUCUGGACAGAAAAAGCCAGAUCCCUUCAAAAUCUGGGCUCAGUCCAGGAGCAUGUAUGAAAGCCGACUUCCAGAUUUCCAAGAACAAGAUAUCUUCCUAUGGAGAAAAGAAACGGGAUUUGGCUUUAGAAUUCUAGGUGGAAAUGAACCUGGAGAGCCUAUUUAUAUUGGUCACAUCGUACCACUGGGUGCUGCUGACGCAGACGGUCGCCUCAGGUCUGGAGAUGAGCUAAUCUGUGUUGACGGGACACCAGUGAUUGGAAAAUCUCACCAGCUCGUGGUCCAACUUAUGCAACAAGCUGCCAAGCAAGGCCACGUCAACCUCACUGUGCGACGUAAAGUGGUAUAUGCGGUCCCCAAAGCAGAAAAUGAGGUUCCUUCCCCAGCAUCUUCCCAUCAUAGCAGCAACCAGCCGGCUUCCCUGACGGAGGAGAAGCGCACUCCCCAGGGCAGCCAGAACUCUCUGAACACCGUGAGCUCAGGCAGCGGCAGCACUAGCGGGAUCGGCAGCGGUGGUGGUGGGGGCAGCGGAGUGGUGAGCACAGUGCUGCAACCCUAUGAUGUGGAGAUCCGCCGGGGGGAGAACGAAGGCUUUGGUUUUGUCAUCGUAUCUUCUGUGAGCAGACCAGAGGCAGGGACCACUUUUGGAAAUGCAUGUGUGGCCAUGCCCCACAAAAUAGGUCGGAUAAUUGAGGGGAGUCCUGCUGACCGCUGUGGCAAACUGAAAGUAGGAGACCGGAUCUUGGCCGUGAAUGGAUGUGCCAUCACCAACAAAUCCCACUCAGACAUUGUCAACUUAAUCAAGGAAGCUGGAAACACGGUUACCCUCCGCAUCAUUCCAGGGGAUGAAUCCUCAAAUGCUACUUUGUUGACCAACGCUGAAAAGAUUGCCACCAUUACCACCACACACACUCCUUCCCAACAAGGAGCCCAGGAGACCAGGAACAACGCUAAACCAAAGCAGGAAUCACAGUUUGAUUUCAAAGCCCCCCAAGCUGCACAGGACCAAGAUUUCUACACUGUUGAACUGGAAAGAGGAGCCAAAGGAUUUGGUUUCAGUCUUCGAGGUGGCAGAGAGUAUAAUAUGGAUCUCUAUGUCUUGCGAUUAGCUGAGGAUGGUCCAGCAGAGAGAUGUGGAAAGAUGAGGAUUGGUGAUGAAAUCUUAGAAAUCAAUGGCGAAACCACAAAAAAUAUGAAGCAUUCUCGGGCUAUAGAACUGAUUAAAAAUGGCGGCCGCAGAGUUCGUCUAUUUCUGAAACGAGGAGAUGGCUCGGUACCGGAAUAUGACCCCAGCAGCGACAGGAACGGCCCCCCCACAAGUCCACAAAAUGUACCGGAAGUGAAAAGCGGGCCAUCCGAUCGGCGACAACACCCAUCAUUGGAGUCCAGUUAUCCACCAGAUCUUCACAAAUCAUCACAACAUGGGGAAAAGCGGGCAUAUGUCAAAGACCCAAAAAGCAGCAGAGAGUAUAGCAGACAACUCAAUGAGCACCACACUUGGAAUGGAAUUUCUAAAAGACCUGACGGGGCCGGAGCAGGGAGGCCAAAGGAACGGACACCAGAGGGAAGGAAAGAAACCCAUCAGGAGAGGACGGUGAUCAACGGACCAAAAAAGAAAACACCCGAGAAGAGGAGAGAGGGAACAAGGAGUGCUGACAAUACUUUGGAACGGAGAGAACGGCACGAGAGGAGGCGAGAGCUUUCUCCUAGUAAGAAAAGAGAAUGGUCGCCAAGCCACAGAAAAGAUGGCUCCCCCACCAGACGGAGACGAUCCUUGGAAAGACUCUUGGAUCAAAGGAAAUCUCCAGAACGAAGAAAAGAGUAUUCGCCUGAGAGGAGGGCCAAGUCCUCUGACCGACGGAGAGAGCGGUCGCCGGAGAGGAGGCGAGCACGGUCACCGGACAGAAGGAGAGAGCGGUCACCUGAGAAGAAAAACCGAGAUGACAAGAUGAGUCAUAAAGAAAGGGAGGGCCCCAAUCAGAAGGCAGAGAUGAACAGAAGCUCCAAACACCCCCCUGAGCAGAGAAGGAGACCUUUUAAAGAAUGCAGCACUGACCUCAGUAUCUGAGCCUUUUAGGAUCAUGUUCCAGCCUUUACAGGGUUAAAGAUUUUAAGAGGGUAACAAAUUAUUUAGUUUCUUAUGUAACAAAGCAUCCAAUACCUGAUGAUCUUAAAGAAUAGCAACAAACAUUUUAUGCAGAUGAAACAUAUAAGAAAAAUAUAUGAAAGUGUUGUGCCUGAUGUAUCAUAUUAAAGAAAGUAUUUUUAAAUGUAUACUUUUGGAAAAUUAUUUGCCAAAUGCUGGCCCUAAAGGAUAUAAAUUGUGUUUCUACAUAUGAUUUUGAGUUAUGGAUGAUCAUCCUUGACUGGGCAGCCUUUCCCUCUCAUAGUCAAAUGGGGCAGUCAGUAAUUCCUCUAGGGAAGGAAGUUUAUUGAUUACAUUUAAUUAUUUGGAUUCAGACUGUUAUUUUGUGAUUUCCUGCUAUCCUGUAUCUGGGAGUUUUGAAAAGAAAUGGGGAAAGGGGGGAGGGGUUGUAAAAGCAUUACUCCAGUAGGAGCUGAGGACACUUCCUGAAGAAAUAGAAAACUAUCCUCAAAAUGAAUUAACUAUUUGGAGAGACUACUAUUAUGAUGAAGGAUAUUUAUAUGAAGACUAAGCAGAGAUUUACUUGAUUCUUGAUUUAGCGCUGGUUCAACCAACAGUUUGUAUCUUUCCAGUCUGGUAAGGAGAUAACAGGACAAGAGCCAGGGCUGCCACACCCGUGACGCAAGUGUAGACCACCAAGCUCAUUAAGAAUCCUCAACACCUACCAAGGUCGCAUUAAGGCAGCGCCACCACAGUUCAGCUCAACGACUAGAAGCAAUUGGACCAAAUGCCAAGCUUGUGUUGUAUCAUCGUCUCAGAAGUAGGAUAGCAACCAGAAAACGGGGGUCCACGCACGGUAUAAUGGAGGCAUUUGAAAUCCCCAAUAUACAAUGGGUGUGUUCAUUCCAUAAACCAGUAGACAUUCUUUGCCAGAAUUUUUAAGGGACUUGGGGAGGGGAGAAGGACAAAUUUUGCAAUUUAUUUUAUUUUACUGUUUGAUUCUUCCUGAGACAAGCAGGACAUGCCUUGUGAAUGCAAGAAAAAAAUAUUUCCCAGGAUGACCAAAGAAGCCACUGGGGGAAAGUUCACCCAAUCUGGUUGGGAAGCUCCUGCUCUGGUUAACUUUGUUGCUUGAAAAGCUCUGGACAGCAGAACAAAAUGCAAGAGUUUUUUUGUUUUGUUUUGUUUUGGGGGGGGAUGUUGUUUUUUCUUAUUUUCAUUUUUUUUUUUUUUUUGACUUGUAAUUUUUCAAGAUGCAAGUAGUGUGGUGACGUCUGCUAUGGCCGUGGUUUACGGCUGGAAUGAAUUACUGCCUAGCUGAGCCAAAACAUUCAUUCCCUUUGGACCACUCGAGUAAACUGCUGCUUGUGGCGUGUUGGUGUGUCCGUGGUCUACUGUUUCACAUCUUCCAUACAGACACCAAGCAUUGCGAGUCUAUCACUGUUGUUCCCGUGGUACUGUAAAAAAACAAAAAAAAAAAAAACAAAAAAAAAAAUUUAAAAAAAACCAACAACAAAACAAACCAAGAUGGCCAAUCAUUGUGUGUACAGAAUUUAAAUUGUAAUUAAUAGAGCCUGUUGAAACACAAAACUGUUGCCUUUUUUCUUGUAUAAAAGAGAAUUUAUGACAAAAUUUAGCUGUGAGGAAUGUGAUUAAGUGUUUAUAUUUCUGAAAAUGAAGCAAAUCGAUUCAUGGGGAUAUAUUUUAAUGUACACUGAAUCAGGUAUGUAAAGCUGUUUUCAAAUGGGAGCCUCUAUAAGUGAUUCUCAAGCUUUCAUUUAUCCCAUCACGGUGGGCCUGCCUGUGGAAUAUUAAGCCCUCAAACCCAUCCUCUGUUCUUCGCUCAUCCCUUCUUGCUGUGUGCUAUUGGCGUAAUGCUCUUUUUGGUGUUGAUGAAAAGCAGUAUAUGGGGGCCAAUCUUUUUAUAAAACACUAUGCAUAUAUAAAUAUAACAUUGUUCAUAGCUUUAUUUGACUUUUGGGUUUAUAUGUGGGGUGAGUCAAAAGUAGAUGGAGAUAUAAUACUCAAAGCCAGCUACUUUCUUUGAAAGAGACACAAUGUAUGUUACGACAUAGAAGGAGAAAGCCUGUGAAAGCUAUUUUUAUUAUUAAAUAAAAUUGUUUUUCCAUAAAAAGCAUCCAUUCAACUUUAAUAGUCAGAUUCAGGAAAAAAUAACCCUGAAUAAUGCUGUUCUUGUCCAGUUUAUUUGGGUUUUUUCUCCCCAAUGCAAGAAAUUGGAUUCUACCUAAGGCCCCGUCACUAGGAGUUGAUUCCUGAUUUCCAGCCAAAUACAUGAUGUGAAAUGCCUGCUGUCUCCAGGUUAACUCAAUAUUUGUCUCUCAUCAACGUAGAACUUUGAGUAGAUUCCAAAGUGAACCUGAUUUAGGAUAACUUAUUGUCAGAGGCGAGAUUUAGAAUUUAUAAUCUGUGUGUGCAACUGAGGUCGGUCAAAAAUCUCUGAAGACUUGGGGUAUGACAACUCAGUCUUUAUCCCCCAAUUUGAAUUUUCCCUUGGAAACACUGUAUAAUAUGAGGACUAUGCAUAAAGGUAAAGGAUUCAGUUUUCUUUGAACUGCUGUACUUGCCAUUGGGUACUUCUUUCUGGUUCACUGCUCCAGCUAGCACAGAAGUCAACGUCUUGAUGGGAGGCAACUGAUGAGUAUAUUUUGUAUGUUCAAAAUCAAAUCAUUUAGAUUUAUCCCCCCCUCCACUACACAAUCAAUGCCUGGAAGAAUGUUAGGGUGAAAACCAGACACCCUACUUGUAUUUUUUAAGUUUGAGUCUUUUGUGAAAGAUUUUUUUAAUGCAUUUUUACUGUAAAAAAAAAAAUACACGGAAAAUGUAUGCAUUCCAUAACAA